AUGUCUUCCCCUGAAAUUGCUUCCCUUUCUUGGGGCCAGAUGAAGGUGAAAGGCUGCUCGACAGUGUAUAAGGACUGCAAAGUGUGGCCAGGAGGAAGCCGCACCUGGGACUGGAGAGAAACUGGGACUAACCAUUCUCCAGGAGUGCAGCCAGCUGACCUUGAGGAAGUGGUGAAGAAGGGUGCUAAGACGGUGGUGAUCGGCCGGGGCAUGAGCGAGGCUUUGCAGGUUCCACCAUCGACUGUGGACUACCUGAAGAAGAACGGGAUUGAUGUGAGGGUCCUGCAGACGGAGAAGGCCGUGGAAGAGUACAACGCCCUGGCUGCUCAGGGUGUCAGAGUUGGGGGGGUCUUCCACUCAACCUGCUGA